AAGUCAGGAAGUAUUAGCCAAGAGAGAUAAAUCACUUUUCACAGUGCGUUUAUGUUAGUUGGCACAAUUUUUAUUCAUGGUUUUAUUUUCUUAGUCCAAGUUAAUUUUAAUUUUUAAGCAGAGAUAGAUAGUAUCAACUAUGCAUAACUUGUACAUUACACUAAAAUAUUUAAAAUGUGGCUGUUCGUGUAUAUUUUAGAUAGUUUGUGUCAAACAGGUUCUUUGGUAAACCAUCAGAAUUCAGAAAACUGUUUUCGUUCGAACAUCGUGAAGCGACGGUACGCUUCGUGAAGUGUGGAAACAAAGAAAGUUGCGGUAAAGUGUGUUUAUAUCGUUACUUCCCCUCUCUACGCCCGCCCCUUCGCUAUCUUUCUGAGAUAGCUUAUCGACGCCCUGUGCCAGUGUUCGCCAAGUAGGUCGGGCUGGCAGACGGCGACUACCUGUCGGCAGUGUAACUGCUGUUGCUUGGGGUAAAUACAGCAGUGUGUUACUAGGGCGUGGGACCGCGAGGGUGGACGGCGUGUGUCCUUGGCCGUGGUGCGCUCGCGCCGCAGUUGGCAACGCGCAGGUUGGCAGCACUGGCCGGGCGGCUGGCCGCUGCAGCAGUUGAACGUCGCCGCGCCGCGAGAGCGAGUGGGCAGGCUGGCGAGGCGUGUAUGGGACACCCACCACGUAGGCAGCAACGACGCGGCGCAAAGGGAAUUAACUCUGGAUCGUAGCUCAGGAAUGUCGCUGUCCGGGGGCCGCCGCCCGCAGCGCAUCGAACGAAUCAUCCUACACGAGCUGCGAAGAAACCGACAGGCAAGCGUAUUCUGCUCGUUAUGGAAGUGCGCGUUGUGACGUGUUCGCGCGGGGUUUAAGCGCGGUGACAUUCUCGUCCAGGUAGCGAACUGCGGAGAUCCGCAGCCCGUGUGGAAGCGUGUGCGCCGAGUGCGAGGGAUAUUUGGACGUGGUCUCGACUUGUGCUGGCCGCGUGGGUAGUUGGCAAGGACUAACACGCCUCCUUUCCAAACCUACUCGCGCCCCUCCACCCUGCUCCAGCGAACAAGUGCUCGAGUGUUGGCGCCCCUCCUCCAGUCGCUGGGUGCUGGAGGGUCCAGAAGGGGGAUCGCGUGGUGACCGCCAUUUAAGGUGACAGGCCGCGGGUCAGUUCGCGCGCACCGUAGGCAGGACCUGGUGCCUGCUCCUGCUGCUCCGCCCACCCAAGGUUGGCAGCCGUGGGGCGCGCGGCCCACACCGCUCCAGCACAGCACGAAUUGUAAUGAGGCUGCGACACCUGGGCGGGACGCUGAAAUAGCACACGCCGCGGGUCCACGACCAGUGCCGACUCGACCGCUGCAGCGUCAACACGUGUAGUGCCUCCUCGUUGGUUGGGCGAACCAGAGACGGCUUCACUCGUGACGCAACCUUCACGGAACAGCGUGAUUCACGUCGGGGCGCUAACAGACGGAUACCGCAGUGAUCGACGCUAGCGGCGCCGGCCCGCAUGUGACGCCGCGAACACGGACCAUGUCGACGCAGGCGUACUACAAAGACCGGCUCGGCUUCGACCCGAACGAGGCCUUGUACGACGGCGCGCCCUUCGAGAAGAGCCAGCAGGGCUACGAAGAGAACCUGUCCAAGUUCAAAGACGAACGAGACGCCAUCCAGAAGAAGACGUUCACCAAAUGGGUCAACAAACACCUGAAGAAGGCGAACCGACAUGUCGGCGACCUGUUUACGGACCUCCGAGAUGGGCACAACCUCAUCUCGCUGCUCGAAGUCCUGUCUGGGGAGCACCUGCCGAGAGAAAGAGGUCGUAUGCGGUUCCACAUGUUGCAAAAUGUACAAAUUGCCCUGGACUUCUUGAGGUACAGGAAGAUAAAACUGGUGAACAUCCGAGCUGAGGACAUAGUGGAUGGGAAUCCCAAGCUGAUUCUCGGGCUGAUAUGGACCAUCAUACUCCACUUCCAGAUCUCGGACAUCGUGGUCGGCCAGGAGCCCAAUGUGUCCGCGAGGGAUGUGCUGCUGCGCUGGGCACGGCGCUCCACCGCCAAGUACCCGGGAGUCCGCGUCGCCGACUUCACUUCCUCCUGGCGCGAUGGGCUGGCGUUCAACGCCCUCAUCCACCGCAACAGACCCGACCUGAUCGACUGGCGCACGAUUCGCUCGCGCAUGGUGCGCGAAAGACUGGAAACAGCAUUCCACGUAGCAGAGAGAGAGUACGGUGUGACAAGGCUUCUCGAUCCAGAAGAUGUUGAUACCCCUGAACCGGACGAGAAGUCUCUUAUCACAUACAUCUCUUCCCUGUAUGAUGUUUUUCCCGAACCACCACCAAUCCACCCUCUCUACGACCAAGAAUCUCAACAACGCACGGCUGAGUACCGCGAGAUGGCGAGCAGCCUGCACCUGUGGAUGCGCGAGAAGAUGGCGCUGAUGCAGGACCGAGUCUUCCCCACUACUCUCAUCGAGAUGAAGAAGCUAGCGGCGGAGUCGAGCCGCUUCCGAACCGACGAGGUGCCCCCACGGCACCGCGACAAGCAGAGGCUCGUCCUCAUGUUCCGAGAACUCGAGAAAUACUUCGAAGCAGUUGGCGAAAUUGACAUGGAGCCAGAACUAGUGGUUGAUGUCCUGGACAAAAACUGGUCUAGACUGAUGAUUGCUCAUCAAGAGCGUGACCAAGCUAUUAUGGAGGAGAUCAAGAGGCUGGAGCGACUGCAGCGGCUGGCGGAGAAGGUGCACCGGGAGAUGAAGCAGGUGGACUCCCGCCUGGAGGAGCUGGAGCUGCGGGUGGAGGAGGAGGGGCGACGCCUGGACCGCCUGCACCCCCUGGACGCCAAGCACAACGUGGACCUGCUGGAGCAGGACCUGCGCGCCACCGAGCAGGCCAUCAACGGGCUGUUCGGCGACGUGCAGGCGCUGCGCGAGGGCCGCUACCCCCCGGCCCAUGACCUGCACAAGAGGGUGCAGAAGCUGCACCAGCGCUGGGUCUCUCUGCGCUCGCUGCUCCACUCACGCCUCAUCACCCCCCUCUCGGCAAUCUCAUUCCCGGUCGAGGAGCGCACCGUGACUCGCCAGACACGCACCGUCCUCGAAACCAGGCUGGUGGACACAAACGCUCACUUCCGACAACUGCAGGAGUGUGCGGAAUGGUGCCGCAGCAAACUGAAACUCUUGCAGGAGUCUGAAUAUGGCUCAGAUCUGCCAAGUGUCCAGACCGAGCUGGAACUCCAUCAAAGAGAACACAGAACGAUUGAACAAUUUCACACCAGAGUGGAUCACUGUAUUGCUGCAAAGAGCCACUUCCACGGGGAGGAGCUGCAGCUGUACAUGCAGCACGUGAGCUCGCUGCAGAAGCUGUACAACGAGCUGCUGGUGACGUCCAACAAGCGGCUGUCCGACCUGGAGACGCUGCAGGACUUCCUGCAGUCGGCCACCAACGAGCUGGUGUGGCUCAACGAGAAGGAGGAGGUGGAGGUGAUGCGCGACUGGAGCGACAAGAACCUCAACCUGGCCGCCGUCGAGCAGUACUACGAGGCGCUGAUGAGCGACCUGGAGAAGCGAGAGAUCCAGUUCAGCGCGGUGCAGGACCGCGGGGAGAGCCUGGUGCUGCAGCACCACCCAGCCGCCAAGUGCAUAGAGGCGCACAUGGCAGCCAUGCAGGCACAGUGGGCGUGGCUCCUGCAGCUCACGCUCUGCCUCGAGACGCACCUCAAGCACGCCGCCCACAGCCAGCAGUUCUACCGUGAGCUGCGCGAGGCCGAGUCCUGGAUCAACAAACGGGACGAAAUGCUGAACACGAUAUACAGCCAGUCGGACUUCACCCUGGACGAAGGGGAGCGGCUGCUGAAGGGCAUGCAGGAGGUGCGGGAGGAGCUGAACCACUUUGGCGACAUCGUGCAAGCGCUGGCGGAGAGGAGCAAGGAGGUGGUGCCCCUGAAGCAGCGGCGCCAGCCCGUCACCAAGCCGCUAGGCGUGCAUGCCAUCUGCGCCUACAAGCAGGGCAACAUUGUAAUAGAGAAAGGGGAGCGAUGCACGCUUCUGGACAACUCUGGACGGGUCAAGUGGCGCGUGACGAACGCUGCUGGUGUGGAGAGCUCGGUCCCGGGCGUGUGCUACCUCAUCCCACCCCCCGACAAGGAAGCCCAGGAUGCCGCGGACCGCCUGCAUCGCCAGUUCGAGCGCUCCAUCACCGUGUGGCAGAAGAAGCAGCUACGAAUGAGACAGAACAUGAUCUUUGCCACCAUCAAGGUUGUCAAGGGUUGGGACCUGGCGCAGUUCCUGGCGAUGGGCCACGAGCAGCGCAGCGCCAUCAGGAGGGCCUUGAACGAGGAUGCGGACAAGCUGCUGCAGGAGGGUGACCCCGCCGACCCCCAGCUCCGCAGGCUCCGCAGGGAGAUGGAGGAGGUCAACCGACUGUUCGACGAGUUCGAGAGACGGGCCAGAGCUGAAGAAGACAGCAAAAAUGCAAGCCGCACGUUCGCAGACCAGGUUACUUCGUUGCAAAAUGCUUUGGAUGAGGCGGAGCGAACUCUCAAUUCUCGGCUUAGCGCAUCUGUUCCGCGUGACCUUGAUUCACUUGAGAAUCUCGUCAUUGAACACAAAGAGUUUGAAACUCGCUUGCAGGCUUUGACUCCUGAAGUGGAAGAACUGCAAAGCACUUUCCGUAGCAUAGCACACAAGACACCUGCUUUGCAAGCCAAGAUGGAGAAAUGUGUUAACAAAUGGAACCAGCUAUGGAACUCAUCACAUUUGUAUAUUGAAAGGUUGAAAUGUGUGGAGAUUGUUUUGUCUGGCCUGGAUGAAGCAACAAAUGUCGUAUCUGAAUUGGAAUUGAAGUUGGCUUCAUACAAGGAAAUGCCAUCAGAUUUGAACUCCUUACAAGCAGUUCAUGAAGAGUUAUUGAAGCUUCAGAACUACGUCUCGCAACAGCAAAUAGUAAUUGACCAGCUCAAUGAAGAUGCUCAUAAUGUUCGCCGCUUGGUGGAGAAGUCUCGCCCGAACCAUCUCGGGCCUCAUCACGACCUUGAUCGCAUUGACAAUGACGUGUCUAGGUUGACUAACCGUUGGACCAACGUGUGGAGUCAGCUGGUCGACAGGUUACGCAGUUGUGAAACAGCUUUUGGAUUGCUGAAGAACUAUACCAACUCAUACCAGACAGAAGUGGCGUGGGUGGAUGACAGCUACAACAAACUGAACAACCUAGCUCCGAUUGGUGACAAGGCCAAGGAAGAUCUUGAGCCAACUCGGGCGCUGUUGAACCAUGUAAUGCAGAAAGCUCCAGUGAUUGAACAGGUCAAUGUUACGGGUGGACGAUUUAUUCGUGAGGCUAAGAUCUACGACCUACGGCUGCAGCGCUACGUCGACUGGCUGGUCCAGGAGGCUCAGCCCAGCCUCGACUGCGGCACGAAGCAUGCCUCCUCCGGCCACAGUGCAGAGUCUGUUGUGCAGGAGCUGGACGCUCUGAAUCACCGUUAUCAGGCCUUGCAAGGCAUCCUGUACGACAGGCUGCGACAGAUUGCUGCUCUCUGCCCCGAUGACCCAGCUGUUCAGUUGCUGGUUUCACAAAUGGAGCCUCGCCAGUUGCAAACCUUCCAAACUGAGUAUUCUGUUUCUGAAACAACUGAUGAAUCUCACUCUUAUUCUACAACUACACAUUACUCGCAGUUUGUGCAGAACAGUAGCUAUUCUCACGACAUUGAAACAAAGAGUCGAACUGUCAGCAGUGACCAACCGCCGAAAGUUUCAGCUACUGUCACUGUGACAACUCCUCAAAAUACCAGCCACGAUGGCUCUCCAACAAAGAAAAGAUCUAAAUUUGAUAGUGAUGUGUACAUUCAGGGAACCUCUCCUGUUACUAUUUCAACUAACGGUGAAGCCGUCUCUGGUUCCAGCCCAACCAAACUGAGAGAGAGUCCAACAAAAUGGUCCGGGAGUAGUAUGCAGUUCUCGGAGAUCAAGUCUCUGAAGCGGGUGCAUAAAGUUGAAGAAGGUACUGGAACGGACAGUAUUAUUAAAACUCCUGGGAUUGUUCAUCCCACGACGGGAGAGAUCCUCACUGUUGGAGAUGCCAUAAAGCUACGUAUUCUGGAUGUACGGAAUGGUCAGAUAGCUACGUCGCCUGACCACAGUACGCCAGGCCUCAGCAUCCGAGAAGCAGCAGCGAGACAUCUUGUUGACCCUGCGUUGGCAGAGCAGCUGCUUGGACCUUGUGGUAUUGUUGAAGAUGAUGGAUCAACCAGAAGGCAGCUGUCACUUCUGGAAGCUAUUCAGCAGGAACUUUUUGAUGCAGAAAGGGGUUUUGUUUCUACGACGGAGGAGCGGGUGAAGGUAACGUAUGUUGAUGGCAACAAGAGGGAGGUUAGCAUAGCUGAGGCGGUUUCCUCGGGAAGUCUGGAUCCAGUGACAGGGCAGUUUACUGAUCCCAAAACAGGAGAGAGAUUGAUGCUCAAGCAGGCAUAUGAAAGGAAAUUGCUGGCAAAGGAGCCGCAGAAAAAAGACAAACAGAAUCAAGUAAGUGGUAAUCUAGCACUUUCUGAUGCAAUUGCACAAGGGCUGUUAGAUGAUCGAUCUGGUCAAAUCAUGGAUCGUAACUCGGGUAGCAAAUACACUUUGGCAGAAGCAAUUAAACAACAUAUUAUUGAUCCUAAUGUUAGAGAAGUCGUGGAUGCUUUAGAAGAUAACAAAGUGACUGUUUCGGAAGCUGUCAAUGCUGGUAUAUUGGACCCAAAUAAAGGUAAGUAUUCGCAUGGAAUUUCUAAAGAAGUUAUCUCUCUACGAGAAGCAAACAGGCGACAGUUACUUUUGAAACCUAUGACACUUAAAGACUGUUGUGAUUUAGAUUUGAUUGAUGAUGCUGGAAGAAUUUUGAGUCCUAUUCACAGGGACCGUCUUACUAUUUUAGAGUGUGUAUCGAAAGGCGUUCUUGAUCCGGAUACAUCAAAGUCCAUCACAAACACCAAAACUAAUGAAUUGUUAACCCUCAGUGAAGCAUUAUUAGAGGGUAUUAUUCUUCCAGAAGGAAAGUUCCACGAUGCAUCUACAGGAGAAGUGUGCUCCAUCCCAGAAGCGGUAGACAGAGGUUUGAUAACUUCAAUAUCUGUAAAAUCAAUUUUUGAUAUAGAUGGGUUUAAAGACCCCAAGACAAAUGAGUUUGUAAGUUUGAACACAGCAUUAGCUCGUGGUAUAGUUAAUACACGGUCAGGUGUGGCAAUGUACGUAGUUGAUCCAAAAUUUAGUAAGUAUAUCACAAUGGAUGAGGGCAUAAAAAAGAAUUUAGUUAGGCCAGAAGUCAUGGAAAUGUUGAAUCGAAAAAUAGGUAUAAAGGAUAAAGGGAGGGAAAUGACAGUUUUGGAAGCGGUAUCAAAAGGUUAUCUAGAUCCUAAAACUGGACAAGUGAUCAAUCAAAAAACAAGAAAGUGUGUGCCUUUAGACGAAGCUGUUCAGUUGAGGUUAAUAACUCCUGAGGGUGCAGCCCUACUGGGGAGCUUGCUUGCAAUUACAGUCACUACUCAGACCAUUACAAAAACUAUAAAGCGGUACGUUACUGUGACUAGGGAGGGUGUUACAACUUCAGAAGUAAGGAUGACAUAUGGUGAGGCUGUGCUGCAAGGUUUGAUUGACGAAAGUGCGCAGACAUAUCGUGAUCCUGAUACCGGCGACAUCAUGCCUGUUCGGGAGGCAGUUCGUGAAGGCCUUGUUGGUCUUCCAGCUGACACCAGUCCAACUAGGUCACCUACGAGAACGAAGCACAUUGCUUCUGAAAGAGGGGAUGAAGUGAAGGUCAGAACUGCUAGCCAUGUUUCACCCAAUAAAGUACAGCAAAGUCCAACUGUAUCGCACACUGUCCCAGGCAGCAGAUCUCCCACAAAGGAAACAUCCUUUGAAAAAAGCAUUAAAGGGUCUACAUCACCUACAAAAGAAAGAUCACCAUCAGGUAAUAUAAUAGAUGUCACUAUCAAAACCAGAAGUCCUUCUCCUGAAAAGGUUCCAAAAACAAAAAGGAAUGUAUCUCCUGUGAAACAGAAAAAUGCCCCUGAAUUUCCAGAGCAAAUGGAUACUACAGAUAUCAGUGAGGUAAGACCUUCAAACAGAGAUGCCACUGCUGAAUUCUUAGUUUCUGAGAAACAAACAACAGCAAUGGAAAAGCAAAUUUUUGAGCUGCCACCUGAGGGUUGGUUCUUAUCUGAGGCAAUAGACCAGAAGCUUUUCGACCCAGUUACAGGUUUAUUCAUCAUUCCUGGUACUGAUAGGCUAGUAUCAUUUGAAGAGUGUGUUAAGUUGAGCAUCAUAAACCCAUUAAGUGCUUCUGUUAUUGAUCCCAAUAAUAAAAGGAAAAUUUCUCUUAUCAGGAGCUUGGACAAGAAAGUUUUGGAUGCAACAGGUCAUUACCCCAGUGAAAAUAAGAAAAUUCCAAUGAAAGAAGCAAUAAGUAAAGGAUUAGUGGUUCUUGAGAAUAGGAUGGAAGUAGAAAAUAGCUUUCCUCGUCUCAUACAAAUUACUAAAGUCAAUGGUCAGCCUGACAGGGUGGAAGUUUCUAGCUCAGGUAUAAGUGAAGGUAAACCACCCACAUUCACAGAAAUAAAAAGCUCUGAUAUUACACUGUGUUCUCUAGAACCUCUUCAAGUAACUCAAGGUAUAAUUUAUGAUCCAGCAGCAGCAUUGGUCAUUUUCACAGAGUCUGGGAAAGCAAAUAAUUUGUUAGCAUGUGUGAAGGAAGGAAUGAUAGAGCCAAGACUGGUUAAAGUGAAAGACCCAUAUACAGGAAGACCAAUGAAUAUUAAUGAAGCAAUGAGGAAAGGUAUAGUUGAUAAAGAAACUGGUGAUUACAAGGAUAAGUCUGGUAGAAAAAUUUCAUUAAUUGAUGCAGCCAAAUUUGGUGUUGUAGCAGUAUUAGGGACACCAAUUGUUGCUGCCCAGAAAGCUAUAAAAACAGUCAAGAAAGCUUUAGUUAAUGAUCCUAAAACUGGUGAAGAUGUUCCAAUAGAAGUUGCAUUCCAACGAGGUUUGAUAGAUGAGAACACAUUACGCAAGUACGAAGCUACUAUAGAGAGUUUUGAGGGAACUUCACCAGAGCAUGUGAUAACAACUAAGACUGAAACUGUGUCUACAUCAGUGUUGGUUCAAGACCCUACCACUGGUGAAGAAAUUACAGCAGAGCAGGCAGUUCUUAAAGGGCUGAUAUCACAACAAGACUUAAAGGAUCUCACUGCUGAAUUAGGUAGCCAGGCCAAGAAAAAGCCCAUUAAAACUUUAGGUACAACAUCUAUUGCCUUGGAUGACUAUGAUGGACCAUCUCUUGGUGAACAAACAAGAGGGAGAGUCACAACAGAGCCUAAAUUUCGUGUUUGCAUAGGACGAGCUCGUUCAUUUUCACAAAGCCCUGAGCGUGAAGCAAAACCAGUUGUUCUUCAGAAAAUGAGGAAAAAGGUGGUAAAGCCUAAGGAAGCAGUUGAAUCUGGAAUAAUUGACAAAGAAACUGCAGAUAUAUUAGAAAAACCACAAAACUUCCAAGGUGACAAUGGAGAGAGUUUAAGUCUUGCGGAAGCUGUUUCUGCAAAAAAAGUAGAUGGGUCCAAAGGUGCCAUUGUGGAUCCUCAAAGAGGAGAUGUGCUAACAAUCAACGAAGCCAUCAAGAGAGGUAUUUUGGAUUCUAAUGGAACAAGUGGUAGACUUCUGGUGCCAAUUGCUCGCAGCUUGUCUGUUCCCAGCUUAGUCGAACAAGGUUUGAUCGAUCCAGAAGUCAUGAAAGUAGUGCAUCCAGAGACUGGUGCUAAUUUAUCCCUCAGAGAAGCUAUAAUGUGUGAAAUAGUUGAUCCACUUUCAAAAGUAUUAGAACCGGGUUCAGCUAAAAAGGUAACACUAGAAGAAGCUAUUGUGAAGGGAACUGUAGAUGAUGAUAAGUCACUUGUUAACACCCUUGAUGGAUCUGUAAAUCUUUUAACAGCGGUUGAAAGGAAGCUGUUUGAUAAAACAACUAAAAUAUCUCCUGUUGCACAGUCUCUGCCUCCUGUAGGCAUGACUUUUCCUGUUGCUUUGAAGAAAGGUCUUAUUGAUGAUGAAGCUAAAGUAUUUAUACAUCCAAUUACAGGGGAGCGGAAACCUUUGACCGAAGCCAUUAGUGGAGAUAUAAUCAUGGCUUUACCUUGCCCAGUUCUACCAUUUAGCAUUGAAGUUGUUGAUGCUUUGGAUAGAAAACUAAUAGAUAAAGAAAAGGGAACAUUCAAAAAUCCAAAAACUAAUGAAGAAAUACCAAUUUCAGAAGCGGUUGAAAGUGGUCUCUUGGUUGUUAAACCUGUGCCACAGUUAUCUUAUGAACCUGCUGGUACUGUCACUGCUGUCACAGAAACAGUUACAUCAUAUCACACAAUCACCACCAAAACAAUUGAGCUGAAGCAUGGUUACAUUUUAAUAGGGCCAAAUGAGGUUAAACACUCUGAGUCAGGUGAGGUAAUUCCAAUUGAUGAAGCCAGGAAGAGAGGCAUCGUGAAAGAUGAGUCCGAAACAAAAGAAGAAUUUACAACACGUGAAAUUAAAAUGUCUUUUUCAGACGCUAUUGCUCAGGGCCUUGUUGACUUCAAUGCAGGAACUUACACAAACCCUGCAACUGGUGAAGUAAUGCCCAUCAACGAAGCCAUUAAAGAUGGACUCUUGGACACGGUGCCGGCUGAAGAUUCUAAACUUGCACCUCCUGUAACUAAAAAUUUGAAUAUUAUUGAAGCCUUUGACAAUGUGUAUGAUGACAAAACCAAGAAAUUCAGUGACCCCAAAAACCCAGAGAAGAAGUACACAUUUAAAGAAGCAAUAGAAGUGGGAAUUGUUGAUCCAAAUUCGGUUGUGUAUGAUGCAGUAAGUGGAAAACCAGUUACAAUAAGCCAGGCAGUAGAUGUAGGUCUGAUUGAUCCAAAGACUGGGAAAAUAUUGGAUAAGAAGUCUGGACGCUCCAUAAGUGUUAAAGAAGCUGCUAAAAUGGGCUUGCUUGCAGUUGUUGGUGCUCCAGUUUUGGCUGGUGUGGCAAUUGUUGAUGCAGUAUCAUCUUUGAAAAAUAAGGUUGAUAAGAAACUUGUAGAACAGAAGCAAGGUUCUAUGCCCAAAAGUUUAGAAACUAUACCAAAAUCAGAAGUUCAGAAAGAAUCGCCACGACGUGAUAGUGAUGGCAGCUUUAAGCCAAAAGAUCCCAGUUAUUCAGCUGCUCUUGAAACUUUCCCUGUAAAAACUUCACUUUUGGAUCAAAGUCCACAAACAAGUGCACCAAACAGACAGACUUCAAAUGUUACCAUUGAAACUAAAGCAAGAACACCAUCACCAGUGAAACAAAGUGGUGUGCAUCAUAUUUUGACAGUUGAAGAAGCAAUUGUGAGUGGGAAAGUUAACCCAGAAGAAUGCAGAGUUGUAGUCAAGACACCAACUGGAGACAGAAAAUUAACAAUUUUAGAAGCCCUAGAGAAACACUUUCUUGACAACAACAAUUUUAUUACUGUUGAGAACAAAUCUGAAGUUGCGCUUGUUGAUGAGAAGACCCGAUACAACAUUCAGGUCACCAAAUAUGUGAAUCCGGACACACUAGCAAGUGCAGGGGUGUACAGCUUAGAUUCCGACAGUUUCAUAGAUCCUCAGACAGGUGUGCCUAUUGCCUUCCAGGAGUUGGUUUUCCACUACAGUAUUUUUGAUCCUGACAAUGUAUUUGUAAAGGAUCUGUCUAGCUACCCUGAAACUUACGUUCCACUACGUGAAGCACUAGAUAGGUCAUUACUUGAUGGUAAAACUGGUAAUAUGACUGAUCCAUCAACUGGCAAACAUGUUCCUUUUUUUGAAGCAAUCAAACUUGGUUGGAUCAUUGAAAAACCUGUGAAAGAGAAAAAGAUUACUUCAAGGAAAGCUGUUCCGUGCUUUACGCUGCAAGAUGCAGUUAAUGAAGGACGGCUUGAUCCUCAGACUGGUGAAAUAACAGAUCCCAAGACAGGACACACAUUCAGUUUUUCAGAAGCUUUGUCCAGUGGAAUCCUUGAUCCACAAUCUGUUAACAUAAGGAAUCCAGAAAAUGAUGACAUUCUACCAUUGACUGAAGCUGUUGAAAUGGGCAUAGUUGACUUGAAUCGAGGUGUGAUUGUUAACGUUGAGACACGAACAGAAGUGGAAUUCAAAGUAGCAUUUAAGAAAGGAUUUAUUGUUUCAGGUUCUCGUAAACCUGCUUCAUUGGAAGCAGUAAUUAGGAAAGGGCUUUAUGAUCCUAAGUCUGGACGGAUUAAAGACCCCAUAACGAAAGACGGUAUAGAAGUUUCUGAAUCUGUGAAACGAGGACUUGUGGAUGCUCUUAUUACUGAAUGCAAGGAUACAAGAGCUGAUGCUUUUGUUUCAUUGGAUGAUGCCUUAACCACACGACUUGUCAACUCUUCAAAUGGUAAAAUGAGGGACACUUUUACUGGGCAGUUGUUGCCUUUAGAUGCCGCAUUAGAGAAAGGAUUGAUUGUUACAAGGAAGUUCAAUGUUACUUUGAUUGAAGCUAUUGUGCAGGACUACUACUCACCUAAAACUGGUUUAGUUUCCAACCCAUUUCUUGGUGACGAGGUCAGUGUACAAGAGUGCAUUAAUAGUGAGUUUAUAGAUUGUUCGUCAAUUCGCAUUAAAGACUCCCACUCAGAAAAAAUUGUUACAGUCCCAGAAGCAACCAAGUCAGGACUUUUAGACACUAAGCAGGGCUUGCUAUCCUACCCAACACCAAUGACUUUAGAUGUAGCUUUUGAAAAGGGCUACAUUCUGACAACUCGUAAGCCAUGGUCCUUGCAGGAAGCACUUGCACAGGGUUGCUAUGAGUCUGAAACUGGCCUUAUGCUAAUGAAUGGAGAUAGAGAGAAAAUGACACUAGAAGAAGCCAUACGUAAAGGAGAGAUAAGCCGUGUUGCGUUGACUAUUAAAGAUCCCAGGUCAGGUGAUAUCAUUAGUCUUGGAGAGGCAAUAAAAGUUGGCAUUAUAGAUCCAAAGUUGGGAACUGCAACAGAUCCUACUAAUGGUGCUGACAUGCAUUUUUAUGAUGCCCUAGAGCGAGGCCUGAUUGUUCCAGCUAAGAGAAAGUUUUCGUUACCUGAAGCAGUUUUUAAAGGGUUCUAUGAUCCAAAGUCUGGAAAGUUCACCAGUCCUGAAACUAGAGAAAAAUUGCCUAUGGAUCGUGCAAUUAAGAAAGGAAUGAUUGAUCCUGCAUCAACACUUGUGAAAGGAAAGGACGGUAAAGUUAUCACAUUUGGUAAUGCAGUGGAUGAUGGUAUAGUUGAUGCAAAACUGGGGACCUUAGUGGGUUCUGGAAAGUAUGGCCGCAAACUUGAUUUUCAAGAAGCUUUUGAGCAAGGUAUGUUAAUUGAAGUUAGAAGACCAAUGUCACUUAGUGAAGCGUUAAUUAAGGGGGUAUUUGAUGAAGAUACUGGGAAAUUCUUGGAUCCUUUUACUGGUGAAUAUAUCACACUGGCUGAAGCUGUUGAGAGUAAACUCAUUGAUUCUGAUUCAGUUCAUUUCAAGGACACCCGGAAAGGAUUUUGGAGAAAGGUAUCAUUGGCUGAAGCAAUUAAAAUGGGAUUUGUGAGUGGUGACAGUGCAAAGGUAAAAGAUUUUACUCGUGGCAACUCGGAGAUAUCUAUAAAGGAAGCUUUCGAUAUUGGCCUAAUAGUAGACAGUAAAGCAGCGGUAUCUGUUCAAAGAGCAAUCCACCAGGGCUUGUAUGAUGAAAGUACUGGAAAGUUUACAGAUCCCAACACUGGCAGAAAAAUAACUCUCCAUGAAGCUAUCAGAAGGUUCAUAAUAAAUCCUCAGCUCCUUUGUUAUUGGGAUAAGAAGUCAGAACGUCUUUUGUCCUUGGUGGAAACUUGUCGUGCUGGUAUCAUUGAUAGACGUGGGGGUAUGUUCAAAGAGCCAGGUGCAAAUCGUUCCAUUUCUUUAGCUAUUGCAAUGGAUUUAGGCCUCAUUGUUGACAUUGAAAGUGCUGGCUUUGGACUUUAUGAAGCAAUUGCUAUGGGACUUUACGAUCAGGAAACUGGAAAGUUUGUCCAUCCUGCCACAGGUAGGAAACUUACUCUUGAUGACUCGUGUAUAGAGGAACUCAUAAGUCCUUUGAGAUCCAUCAUAAAAAAUUCAAAAACGAAUAAAUACGUGAAGCUUCCGGAAGCUAAGAACAACAAUUUAAUAGAUGAUACUAGGGGUCUAUACAUUAUUCCAGACUCAAAGAAAACUUUAAAUUUAAGAGAAGCAAAGUCUAGAGGAUUAAUAGUAUCAGCUAAAAAACCACUUUCUAUUGAAGAAGCUGUGAAGAGUGGAUUGUAUCGACCAGACACAGGAAGAUUUGUAGAUCCAGUUCUUGAUGAAAAUCUUGAUAUUUCUCAAGCAUUGAGCAAUGGUUUUCUUGAAGCGAACACAACUGCAGUUAAAGAUCCAGUCACUGGCCAUCUUAAAAGUGUUAAUUCGUCAAUAGAGGAUGGCGGUAUUGAUGUACCCAGGGGAAAAGUUAUUGAUUCAAAGAGCAAACGUUCAUAUACCAUUGAUGCUGCUUUCGAGAAAGGAUUAUUAGUCACUGUUGAACGUCCAAUAACAUUCCAGCAAGCUGUUAGACGAGGCUCAAUAGAUUUUCAGAAGGGAACAUUUAAAGAUCCAAGGACUAUGAGAGAGUGCACACUGGAAGAAGCUAUAAAAUACGAGUUAAUCGAUCCGGAGUCCGCCGUAGUGAAAGAUCCUCAAACAGGACGUUUCCGUACUUUGAAGAAAGCCAUCACAGAUGGUGUUAUUGAUCUUAAUAAACGUGCUGCAUUUGACCCACAAACAGGCAAAGUCAAGCCCUUGUGCAUAAUUUUCGACCAAGGUACUGUUGUGUUCUUGCGCGAACCACUCACCUUUGAUGCAGCCAUCGAGCAAGGCCACUUGAAUGUGGCCACUGGGAAGUUCAUUGACCCACAGUCUAAGGAAGUGCUCACCCUGAAGGAAACCGUCUCGCUAGGCCUUAUCGAUCCUGAUUCCGCCCUCAUUAAAGAUAGCUUAAAGAAAAAACUGGUCAAGCUACCUGAGGCAUUCCGCAAAGGCCUCAUUGAUGCAGAAAAAGGCAAUGUGCUGGAUUCCGAAUCAUCACGUUUGUAUUCUCUUGCUGCUGCCAUCGAUUCAGGGCUUCUCACCACUCCUAGCCGGGGUUUGUCACUUAUUGAGUGCUUGUCGUUUGGGUUGUACAACCCAACUACAGGUGGGAUUAUGGACCCGUUCUUUUCAACUGGGGUUAUAGAUAGGCGUAGGUUGACUUUAGCAGAGGCAGUGGAUUCAGGUUUGGUUGAUCCGUCAACGACAGUCGUCAAGGAUGCUGCAAGCGGCAAUAUAUCUUCCUUGACCGAUGCCAUCACAGAGUCAAAGAUUGUGGAUGCUACAGCAGGAAGGAUGUUCGAGACGUCCAGUGGGAAGAGCAUUGAUUUGUUGAAAGCCUUGGAUAGAGGCUACAUACUUGCUGCAGAGGCCAGGCAAGCGGUGGAGGAGAAGUACAAACACUGCGACGAGACGUUGUCCAAGCUGUUGUCUUGGGUCUCAGACGUCGAAGACAAGCUGGCCAAUCAGGACAUUGUAGCAGAAAGCGUAGAAGAGCUACGAAACCAGAUCAAUACUCUCAAGCAAAUAAAGGAUGAUGUGGACGCACAUUCUCGGCCCGUGACCUCGUGCCUGGACCAGAUUCGGCAAGUGGUGGCCACAGGUGGAGAUGUGUUGUCUGGCGAGGAAGUCUCCACCCUAGAGAAGAAUGGCCGUUCGUUAAAGUCGCGGUACGAGCACGCCAAUGACCGCACAGAGAAGCUUUUGAAGAGGCUGACUGCCGCUCGUGAAGAACUGGGCAAGCUCAGGAGUGAAGUGACAACAUUUGUGACGUGGCUGGACAAAGCAUGUCGCACGCUGGACGACAAGGAGCGGGGCUUGUCGAACCUCAACAAGCUGCACGUAAACGCUGACAGCACUCGCGAGUUUGUGAGUGAUGUGAUCGCCCACCAGGCAGAUCUCCGUUUCAUCACGAUGUCAGCACAGAAGUUUAUUGAUGAGUCGAAGGAAUACCUUCUGAACCUGAACGAGUUCCGCACCGGCCUGCCGCAGAGGCUGCCGUACAUAGAGCCUCCACAGGAGUCGGUGGUGCGCAACGAGGUGUCCGCGAUCUCGACCAAGUACAAGGACCUGCUGUCGCGCUCCAACGCGCUGUCGGACAAGCUUUCGGGAGUGGGCGGCCGCCAGAGGGAGUACCGCGACGCCCUGGAGAAGGUCAGGUCGUGGCUGCGAGAGGCGGAGCCUCGGGCACUGAAGCUGCUGUCGGAGCCAGUGGGUGCAGAGCCCAGGACUUUGGAGGAACAGCUCAACCGUGCCAAAACCCUCAACAAUGAGUUUGUGGCCCAGGAGAGACUCGUCGAUAACGCCAAACAGAGUCUGGCAGCAUUGUUGCGGUCGCUGGAAGGCCAGCAGACACCCGCGGAGGUGGCCACACUGCAGACACCCGUGACAGAGAUCAGCGACAAGUACUGCCAACUGUCUGAAGCGCUGGGCGAGAAGGUGCAGACCUUAGACACGGCACUCGUACAGAGUCAAGGCGUGCAGGAUGCUCUGGAUGGCAUCAUGCAGUGGUUGAACAACACCGAGAACCAGCUCAAGGCGCUGAUGCGGCCGGUGAGCCUCAACAAGGAGCGCCUGGAGGAGCAGUUGCGUGAGCACCGACUGUUGCACGCCGAUGUGGACAGCCACCGCGCCAGCGUGGACGCUGUGGUGCAGUCUGCCGAGGAGCUGGUGGCCACGGCCAGCAAUGCCCGCCUCGCCAAGAAGAUAGAGACCAAGCUCAAGGACGUCACGUCCAGGUUUGAGAAGCUGCUGGAGAAGACGCUGAAGCGCUCAGAGCUGCUGGAGGAGGUGCACAACGCUCUGUCCGUGUUCACGGUGAUGGUGACGCACUUCGAGCAGUGGCACGCAGAGAUCGUGGAGAGCGUGGAGUCUCGCGACGUCCUCAAGCUGGAGUUGGCCGACUACAGCGCCAGAAUAGACCAGAUUGCAGCAAAGAGAGAUGCCAAACGCGGCGAGUAUUCAGAGACGGUACAGAACGGGAAGAAUCUCGUUUCCAAGAAGGACGUGACGGACACUGUGCCUGUGCGGGAUAAGAUAAAGGCUCUAGAAGGUCAAUGGAAGGAUUUGAAUGCUUUGAUCGAUGAGAAGCAGCGGUUGAGCAAGGCUCGUUCAGAGCAACUUAAUGCCUACGAGAAGUUGAAAGUACAGGUUAUAACUUGGCUGACUACCAUGGAGACGAAAGUGAACAGACUUCAGCCGGUAGCCAUUGAACUAGAGACCUUGAAGGUGCAAGCAGAUGAGCUAAAGCCAUUGAGUAAGGAAUAUCGUGAAUAUGGAAACACGAUAGACAAAGUCAAUGACCUCGGCAAUCAGUACGACAGCCUAUUGAGGGGCGAGAGGGCAGAGUCUCCAACACGGCGACGUAGCUCGGCAUAUAGUCCAACAAAGAGGACCUCCAUCACAGCCAGUCCUCUGCGUCGCUCCUCGCAAGAGGGUCGUUCUCCAUCCCCUACGAAGGGAGGCAGCUUUUCAGUCCAGAGUCCAGUUUCUCCCGGCGGAUCAAGUGGCUUCAGCAGUCGUCGUUCUUCUCAAGACGGCUUUCACCUUGAAGAGCUGUCGCCAGUCCAGCAGCAGUUGACGGAAAUAAACAACAGGUACAGCAUGCUCGGCGUGAGACUCUCUGACCGCCAGUCCGAGCUGGACAGUGUCCGUGAAGAGGUGAAGAGACACUUGGACAAUCUGCGCACGCUGGGUAGUUUCCUGGACAAAGUGCAGCGCAACAUCCCCAAGGAGUCGGUGCCACAAACUAAAGAGGAGGCAGGAAAGGAAGCCAAACAAGUGAAGAUGGUGCUGGAGGAGAUGUACGAGAAACAGUCGCUUCUGGACAGCACCAAGGCGCAGGUCACGGACCUCCUGAAGAGACGGCUGGGAGCCGCUGGGUCGGACACACUGCAUGACGAGUUAGUGGAUGUCGUAGAGCGCUGGAGGAGCCUCAACGACCGUUGCAAGGACAGGAUAAAAUUCAUAGAGGAUUUGAAAGACUUCCUGGACACACAUGAGCACUUAACCAACUGGCUGAGUGCAAAGGACCGAAUGAUGACAGUGCUUGGACCAAUUUCUUCAGACUCCCGCAUGGUGCAGAGCCAAGUGCAGCAAGUGCAGGUCCUGCGGGAGGAGUUCCGCACACAGCAGCCCCAGCUGCAGCACUACACGGAGCUGGGGGAGGCGGUGCUGUCCGGGGUGGACGAGGGCUCCCCCGACGGGCAGCGCGUGGCGGCCCGGCUGUCGGGAGUGCUCCAGCGCUGGGCGGACCUGCUGGGCAGGCUAGAGGAGCGAGCCCUCAGCCUGGGCGCGGCCGCCGACACCAGCCGGGAGUUCGACGCCGGCCUCAACCGCCUGCGCGACGCCCUGCAGGCCAUAUCCGACCAGCUGGACGACCUGCCCCUCGACAAGGACCCCGAGGAGCAGCUCAGGAAGGUUGAGAACCUGGAGCGCCAACUAGAAGGGCAGCGCCCGUUGCUGGCGGACGCAGAGGCGGCGGGCGCACAGUUGUGCGAAGUGCUCAGCGACCCGGCAUCACGCUCGGAGAUACAGGGCAAGCUGGCGGCCGUCGGGAGGCAGUACAAUCAUCUCCAGAAGAAACUAGAUCACAGGAAGGCUGAAAUAGAAAACUCUCUCAGAGAUGGAAGGCAAUUCGAAGCUUCAUGUUCUAAAACCCUCGGCUGGUUGGCUGAUGAAAUUGAUGGCAUGUCGGAACGUCUGCUUGUAUCUGCUGAUAGAGAUAUACUUCAACAGCAACUGGAUCACCAUGAGCCUGUGUACAAAGAGGUGAUGAACAAGGAGCACGAAGUGAUAAUGCUCUUGAACAAGGGGCGUGACAUGUUGUCUCGUUCGACCAACCAGCGCACAGAUACUCGCAACUUGCAGCGUGACCUUGACAAAAUUCAGCAGCAUUGGGACAAGUUACGGAAAGAUACUUUGGACCGUCACACUCGUCUGCAGACUUGCAUGGAGCACUGUCGGAAGUACUAUCGGGCUCAGGACUCGUUUCUGCCAUGGCUGACUCAGGCAGAGAACAAACUGGAAACAUUGCAGCCUGCUAGCUUCAAGCGAAAGGAUAUAGAACGUCAGUUGAGGGAACUGUCAACAUUCCGCAAUGAAGUGUGGAAGCGGUCGGGUGAAUACGAGAACAACCGUAUGCUGGGAGAUACGUUUGUCGGUGCAUGUGAUAUCGACAAGGAAGUUGUGAAGGGAGAGUUGUUGCACAUGAAGCAACGCUGGGACAAACUCAACAACGAUGUUUUGGAGAGAACUCAGUCUCUGGAAGACACAGCUCGCCGUCUUGCCGACUUCUCGGAGAACUUAAGAGACCUGCAGCACGCACUUCAACGUUGUGAGGACAAACUAUCCUCCCAUGAUGCACUUGGUGGAGCAGCGAAGGAUCCCAAGUUGCUUGAUCGAAUCAAGAACCUGAGGGAGGAGACGGCGGCGCUGAAGAAGCCCCUGCAGUCGGUGCGCCAGCUGGCGAGUGACCUGGUGAACGAGGCAGGCGAGCACGGCGUGGACGCCGGCCACCUGCAGGACGAGGUCGAGACGCUGGCCGAUCGCCUGGACGACCUGCAGGCCAAGCUGGACGAUCGCUGCAGCGAGCUGCAGUCCGCGGCCACCGCCGCCACGCAGUUCAACGAUCAAAUCAAAUCGCUGACACACGACUUAUCAGAUCUGGAGAAUGAACUGGACGUGAUGAAGCCUCCAGGACGUGAUCUAAAGACUGUCAGAGGGCAACUGGAUGAAACAUCAAAACUUAUCAAGAAGAUCGGCAAGGCGGCCGACGAUGUGGCUAAUGCGGUGGCCUCGGGCGAGCGUCUGGUGGACAGUGGCUUCGCCUCGGACACGGCAGCCACUCGGGAGCAGGUGGAGCUGCUGAGGCGACAGCUCGCUCGCCUCGACGAGCGUGCCAAGACCCGCGAGGACGAUCUCGACUCCACACUCUCUCGCUUGGAGAACUUCUACCAGAUCCACACCGCUGUCGUCCAGGACAUUGCCGAGGUCAGUGAGCAAGUUAGCCGGAUGAAGGCAGUGAGCUCGGAAGUAGAGGGCAUCAGGGUGCAGCAGGAAGACUUCCAGAAGUUUGAGCGGACCCAGGUGGAGCCCUUGGUCCACCAGGUGGACGAGUGCAACCGCCUGGGCCAGGGACUCAUCCAGUCUGCUGCCGGAGGUGUGAACACCGCCAGCCUGGAGAAGGAUCUGGAGAAAAUGAACGACAAGUGGAACAGUCUAAAAGAAAGAAUGAAUGAGCGUGCCCGCAAACUGGAUGUUGGGCUGCUGCAGUCCGGAAAGUUCCAAGAAGCCCUGGAUGGACUGGCAAAGUGGUUGUCCGACACUGAGGAGAUGGUAGCCAACCAGAAGCCUCCUUCAGCUGACUAUAAGGUUGUGAAAGCUCAGCUUCAAGAGCAGAAGUUCCUGAAAAAGAUGCUGCUGGAUCGACAGAACUCAAUGUCAUCCUUAUUUGCGAUGGGCAAUGAGGUGGCUGCCAGUGCUGAUCCCUCCGAGAAGAAGGCAAUUGAACGGCAGCUGCGCGAGCUCAUGGAACGCUUCGACAACCUUACGGACGGCGCCAGUCAGCGCAUGACUGCCCUCGAGGAAGCAAUGGCCGUUGCGAAGGACUUCCAGGAUAAACUAGUGCCACUCAUUGACUGGCUGGAUCGUACAGAGAAGAAGGUCAAGGACAUGGAGCUGGUUCCAACGGACGAAGAGAAAAUUCAACAGCGUAUCAAAGAACAUAAUGCCCUCCACAACGACAUCCUGCGCAAGAAGCCAGACUUCACGGAGCUGACGGACGUGGCGGGCGUGCUGAUGGCGAUGGUGGGCGACGACGAGGCGGCGGUUCUGACCGACAAGGUGCAGGACAUAGCGGAGCGCUACACCGCCAUGGUUGCCAACUCCGAAAACGUGGGCCAGCUGUUGGAGGCGUCCCGCGCGGGGCUGCGACACCUCGUGCUCAGCUACCAGGACCUGCAGGCGUGGAUGGACGGAGCCGACAAGAGGCUCGGCAAGUUCCGCGUUCUCGCGGUGCACACAGACAAGCUGCUGGAGCAGAUGGAUGACCUUGCCGACUUGAGUGAAGAGAUCGCCAACCACCAGACGCAGGUGGAUGGUACAGUAGACACUGGCUUGGAGCUGAUGAAGCACAUAUCAAAUGAUGAAGCUCUCCAGCUGAAAGAUAAACUUGAUUCACUGCAGAGGCAUUACAAUGAUCUUACUUCGAGGGGUGCAGAUUUGCUGAAACAUGCUCAGGAGACAUUGCCACUGGUGCAACAGUUCCACAACUGCCACAACCGUCUGGUUGACUGGAUGAUGGGCGCAGAAGCUCAGCUGCAAACAGCUGAACCCCGAGAAGAAGACAUCCAAAGGCUAGAGCUGGACAUUCAAGAGUUCCGGCCAGUGCUGGAGUCUCUGAACCAGGUGGGCCCGCAGCUGUGUCAGAUGUCCCCAGGUGAAGGAGCACAGACCAUAGAAGGCCUGGUCAUGAGGGACAACCGCAGGUUCGACGCCAUUGCAGAGCAGAUUCAGCGCAAGGGCGAGCGCUUGAUGCUUUCCAAACAGCGGUCCUUGGAGGUGAUUGCUGACAUCGAUGAGUUGCUGGACUGGUUCCGUGACGUGGACGCCCAGCUUCGCGAAGCAGAGCCGCCUAGUUCAGACCCGGACAUCAUUCGCGUUCAACUGAAGGAGCACAAGGCUUUGAAUGAUGACAUAUCCAGCCAGAAGGGUCGAGUACGUGACGUCCUCUCUACUGCAAAGAAGGUGCUACGUGAAUCUGCACAAGGAGAGGACACUGCUGUGAUUCGUGAGAAGAUGGAGGAUUUACGUGAGAUGAUGGACACUGUGUCUGGGUUGAACUCUGAUAGGUUGGGUGUGCUAGAGCAGGCUUUGCCUUUGGCGGAGCAUUUCCACGAGACUCACGCUGGGCUGGCAAGUUGGUUGGACGAUAUGGAGCAACAGGUGGCUAUGUUGACCAUGCCUGCACUGAGACCAGACUUGAUCGCACAGCAGCAGGAUAGGAAUGAGCUGUUUGUUCAAUCGAUCUCUGAGCACAAGCCCUUGGUCGAGAAGCUGAACAAGACUGGAGAGGCGUUGAUAAGGCUGUGCAAUGAUGAUGAAGGAGCCAAGGUGCAGGACAUCAUGGAUGGAGAUAAUGCUCGUUACGGGGCACUGCGUGGGGAACUCAGGCAGCGGCAGCAGGCCUUGGAGAAAGCUUUACAGGAGUCGAGCCAGUUCUCGGACAAGCUGGAGGGAAUGCUGAGGGCGCUGGCGUCCACGGCGGACCAGGUGUCGUCUGCGGAGCCCGUGUCUGCCCACCCGCCGCGCAUCAGGGACCAGAUGGAGGAGAACGCAGCCUUGGCAGAGGACCUCGACAAGCGCGAGGUGGCAUACGCUGCUGUCAAGCGCGCGGCCGAUGAUGUCAUCAGCAAGGCCGGCAACAGGGCCGACCCCGCCGUCAAAGACAUAAAGCGCAAGCUGGACCGCCUGAACAGCCUGUGGAACGAGGUGCAGAAGGCAACCGGGGACCGCAGCAAGUCCCUGGAGGACACGCUGGCGGUGGCGGAGAGGUUCUGGCAGGAGCUGACGGCCGUGAUGGGCACGCUCCGUGAGCUCCAGGACUCGCUCAGCUCCCAGGAGCCGCCGGCCGUGGAGCCUGCCGCCAUCAAGGAGCAGCAGGUCGUGCUGCGCGAGAUCCGGCAGGAGAUCGACCAGACCAAGCCGGAAGUGGAGCAGUGCCGCCAGACCGGGCAGGAGUUGAUGAGCCUGUGCGGGGAGCCGGACAAGCCGGAGGUCAAGAAGCACAUAGAGGACCUGGACUCGGCGUGGGACAACAUCACCGCGCUCUAUGCCAAGCGCGAGGAGAACCUCAUCGACGCCAUGGAGAAGGCUAUGGAGUUCCAUGAGACGUUGCAGAAUUUGCUAGAAUUUUUGGACAGUGCCGAAGAUCGUUUUGCCAGCAUGGGAGCUUUGGGCUCAGAUAUUGAUGCUGUUAAGAAGCAGAUUGAGCAACUGAAAGAUUUCAAGUCUGAAGUUGAUCCACACAUGGUGAAGGUGGAAGCUCUGAACAGGGCACUUCGAAGGCAAGCCCAGGAGCUGACGGAGCGCACGUCGGCAGACCAGGCGGCGGCCAUCAAGGAACCGCUGUCUCGCGUGAACCGCCGCUGGGACGACCUGCUCCGCGGCAUGGUGGAGCGCCAGAGGCAGCUGGAGAACGCUCUGCUGAGGCUCGGCCAGUUCCAGCACGCCCUUGCCGAGCUGCUCGUCUGGAUCCAGCGCACGGACAACACCCUGGACGAGCUGAAGCCGGUGGCCGGCGACCCCCAGGUCCUGGAGGUGGAGCUCGCCAAGCUCAAGGUGCUGGUGAACGACAUCCAGGCCCACCAGACCAGCGUGGACACCCUGAACGACGCCGGGCGCCAGCUGAUAGAAUCCAGCAAGGGCUCGGACGAGGCGAACGCGACGCAGGACAAGCUGUCGCAGCUGAACCGGCACUGGCGCGACCUGCUGCAGAAGACGGCAGACCGACAGCUGGAGCUCGAGGACGCUCUGAAGGAGGCCCAGAGGUUCCACGCCGAGAUACAAGACCUGCUGUCGUGGCUGGGAGACGUGGACGGCGUGAUCGCGGCCUCCAAGCCGGUCGGCGGCCUGCCGGAGACCGCCUCCGAGCAGCUCGAGAGGUUCAUGGAAGUGUUCAGCGAGCUGGAGCAGAACCGGCCCAAGGUGGAGACGGUGCUGCAGCAGGGGCAAGAAUACUUGAAGAAGUCUGGCACGGGGGCGGCAGGCAACCUGCAGCACAACCUGCGCACCUUGAAGCAUCGCUGGGACAGCGUGACUGCGCGGGCCAGCGACAAGAAGAUCAAGCUGGAGAUAGCCCUGAAGGAGGCCACAGAGUUCCACGAUGCCCUCCAGGCGUUCGUGGAUUGGCUGACGAACGCGGAGAAGACCCUGAGCAACUUGAAGCCGGUGUCGAGGGUGAUGGAGACGAUACUGCAGCAGAUAGAGGAACACAAGGCGUUCCAGAAGGACGUCGGUGUGCAUCGCGAAACCAUGCUCAACCUGGACAAGAAGGGCACGCACCUCAAGUACUUCAGCCAGAAGCAAGACGUCAUCUUGAUCAAGAACCUGCUGAUAAGUGUGCAGCAUCGUUGGGAGAGGGUCGUCUCGAAGUCAGCCGAGAGAACUCGUGCCCUGGACCAUGGCUACAAGGAGGCUAGGGACUUCCACGAUUCAUGGUCCGGCCUGAUGACCUGGCUGAACGACACCGAGAAGAGCCUGGAUGAUCUGGCGGUGGACUCUGGCGCCAGCAACGACCCGGAGAGGAUAAAGGCUCGGCUGAACAAGCACCGGGAGUUCCAGCGAGCCCUGAGCGGCAAGCAGGCGACGUACGAUGCCACCAUGAAGGCCGGGAAGGCUCUCAAGGAGCGUGCGCCCAAGUCUGACGAGCCUGCGCUCAAGAUGAUGCUGACGGACCUGAAGAACAAGUGGACCACCGUGUGUGCCAAGUCUGUUGACAGGCAACGUAAGCUUGAGGAAGCGCUGCUGUUCUCGGGCCAGUUCAAGGAUGCGGUCCAAGCCUUGCUGGAGUGGCUGCAGAAGAUGGAGAAAGUGUUGUCCGAUGAAGGACCAGUGCACGGUGAUCUAGACACAGUGAUGGCACUAGUUGAGCAGCACAAGACGUUCGAGGAGGACCUGCAGGGGCGUGCAGCGCAGAUGGACUCGGUGCUGCGCACGGGCCAGGAGCUGGAAGCCAAGGCCACGGCCGCGGACGCAGCCACGAUACAUGCACAGCUGUCGGAGCUCACCGACCUGUGGGAGAAGAUAUCCACGCUGAGCUCCAGGAAGACUGUCAAACUGGAAGGGGCUCUCAAGGAGGCAGAGCAAUUGCACAAAUCAGUGCACAUGCUGUUGGAAUGGCUGUCCGAUGCUGAGAUGAAGUUGAGGUUUGCUGGUCCGUUGCCCGAGGACGAGCAAGAAACAUGCAACCAGCUGGCUGAACACGAGAAGUUCAUGCGUGAAAUGGCAGAAAAAGCACAUGAAAAGGAUGCGACAAUUGAGCUGGCACAGAGGAUACUGGCUAAAGCACAUCCAGAUGGUGCGGCAGUUAUUAAACACUGGAUUACAAUCAUCCAGUCACGAUGGGAAGAAGUUUUUACGUGGGCCUCACAGCGAGAGCAGAGACUCAGAGAGCACCUGCGUGCCUUGCGAGACCUGGAGGGCCUACUGGAGGAACUGCUGGCGUGGUUGGCCGGCCUGGAAGGCACUCUCAUAGCGCUGGAGGCGGAGCCCUUGCCGGACGACAUCCCCACCCUGGAGGGCCUGAUAUCGGACCACCGGGAGUUCAUGGAGAACACGUCCAAACGACAAGGGGAGGUUGACAGCGUGUGCAAGUCGCGGCAGGUGAAGCAGCCUCCGACUGCACAGGCCGCCCAGGCUUUCAAAGACCGCAAGCUGUCCCGUCCCAAGUCAUCAACGCCGUUGAAGGAGCAGCGUGACAGGGACCGCGAGUCCUCGCCCGAGCACGACGCCCCGGCCCGGAAGGCAAGUGGUAUGAAGCCAAGCACUAGUGAAGUCAGUCUAGAUCCUUCGUCCAGAAAAGGAAGUCGUGUCAGCCCUGGCCGAGAGAAGGCUCCUGAGCUGCCUCACAUCGGGCCGAGGUUUGCCGCUAAAGGAAGCAAGGGGGCAGAGCCGCAGUUCCGCAACCCGCGGGUGAGGCUGCUGUGGGACCGCUGGCGGAACGUGUGGAUGAUGGCGUGGGAGCGACAGCGGCGGCUGCAGGAGAAGUACAACUACCUCCUGGAGCUGGAGAAGGUCAAGAACUUCAGCUGGGAUGACUGGCGCAAGCGGUUCCUGAAGUUCAUGAAUCAUAAGAAGUCUCGUUUAACGGAUCUGUUCCGCAAAAUGGACAAAAACAAUGAUGGUCUCAUCCCUAGGGAGGACUUCAUUGAUGGAAUCAUGAAGACAAAGUUUGAUACAUCGCGCUUGGAGAUGAACGCAGUUGCGGAUUUGUUUGACCGAAACGGAGAAGGUUUCAUCGACUGGAAAGAGUUCAUCGCAGCUCUCCGCCCUGAUUGGGAGGAGCGAAAGCCAGCCAAUGAUGCUGAUAAGAUCCACGAUGAAGUGAAGAGGCUAGUGAUGCUGUGUACCUGCAGACAGAAGUUCCGAGUGUUUCAAGUCGGCGAGGGCAAGUACAGGUUUGGCGACAGCCAGAAGUUGAGACUCGUGCGGAUCUUGCGCUCCACAGUCAUGGUCCGUGUGGGGGGCGGCUGGGUAGCUCUGGACGAGUUCCUCGUGAAGAAUGAUCCGUGCCGUGCCAAGGGGCGCACCAACAUCGAGCUGCGGGAACAGUUCAUCCUGGCCGAUGGGGUGUCGCAGACCAUGACGGCAUUCAAACCCAAGACGAGCCUUGGUGGCACUCAGCAGCGGUCCCAGUCUGUUGCUGGACCCAUCACCAAGGUGCGCGAGCGAAGCGCUCGCAGCGUGCCGAUGGGCCAUCGGCAGUCCAGCACUACCACCACGACCACCACCACUACUCGCUCGUCCUUCUCUGGAGGAGCGCGCACGCCUGACUCCCUCAGCGACACCGAGAGCUCGCUGACACGGCCGCUGCGCAAGGGCUCCGCCCCGCCGCGCUCCGGUCUCACGCCAGGAGGGAGCCUUCCCGGCAGCAAGGCCGGUAGUCGCCCCGGCAGUCGUCCUGGCAGUCGUCCUCCGAGCAGGCAGGGCAGCAAACCUCCGAGCAGGCAUGGCUCCACUCUGUCGCUAGACAGCACAGAUGACGGCACUCCCAGCCGCAUCCCCAUCCACCAGCGCCGCACCACGCCUGCUGGCACCCCCUUGCCCCGGUCAGGCGCUGGCGCCACCGGCUCGGCCCGCAAGCUGACUGUUCCCGUAAACGGCACCCCCGCCAGCCGGCCCCGCACUCCGACCGGCACGGCCAGCGGGAACUCCUCCAGCCAUUCAAGGAUACCUGUGUUUGUGGGUUCUACUUCAGUGGAAUCUCAACUCUCUUCUUAUGCUUCUUCUGGGUAAAUCUUUGUCUCUGUGUGUUGCUUCUGUCUGUUUUUACUAAGUUUCCCAAUUUUUCUAAACGUUCACUGUUUUUUGUGCAUGAUGUAUGUGCUUGCUAAAGUUUAGUUUUUAUACAUUAUCAGAGCUGCCAACCAUUACGGAUUUUCCGUAAUUAUUACGGAUUUAACACCGAAUUACAGAAUUAUGGAACAUCGUUGGUUUAUUAAGGAAACGAGGGUUUGUGCUGCAUGGUAACGGAGAAAAUUCAGUUUCUGCUGUGCGUGUUUCGUGAAUGCAGUUCCAAUACAUCGCGUGGUUGCACAAAUAAUGGAAAUAGUAAGUGUGUAGAUGUACUGUUGAAAUAAAUAGAUUAAUUCUUGUGUUUUGAAAUAAUAAUGGGAUGGUAUUAUAUCCGUUGUACGAUACAACCAACGAGCAUUACUCCUACGGAAAGAGUGGUAACUUCCAUGUUAAAUGCGUGUCGCAAUAAGCAGACUGCUAUGGAGCGACCGCAGCGAUACCAUGUGUGUCGUGGCAAAACCUGAACUAACGAGCGUGCGGCGCAUGCUCAUUAGGAGCCCUUUUUUUUAGGUGCCACGUGCUUGUUUUUCCCGUCAUACAGAAAAUUAACGAUUUGUUUGUAAACAAAGAUGCAGAGAAGCAAUACAUUAUUCACAAUGGAUGUUACUUUAUAUUAUUUUCUAAACUAAAUUGGUCAAUUACUUUGAUAUUGCCUUAUAAAACACUUGUAAUUAAUUUUCUCGGCAAAUAAUUAUGUACUAAAUCUAAACAGGCGUAACUCGGACCUAUUGCAUCUCUGCAUGUUUAUUUCUAAAAGUUACACUCGUUAAAUACUUAACCUUCUUUAAGCUUUCAAUUGCAAAGAAAGGCUAAUUAUUCUUGUUAAGGUGCCUGAUAUUAUCUGGUUUGUACCAUAUGAAACCCCGACAUCUGUCAUGUUAACCAUAAUAAAUAUAUUGCCAGAAUGGAAUCACUUUCGUGAGCAUUUUGUUUGGUUUAAGUUACCAUGCGCAUGUAUAAAACGUACCUAUAUUUUAAAAACAUACAGGCCUCUAACCCAGGUGUGAAUACAUUUAAUUACACUUUUGACACAUAGGUUAGGAAUGUUCUGUUAUGAAAUGAAUCUAGUUAUCAUGUUCGUUACUAAAGUUUUUUUUUCUCCUGUAGGCCUGACUAAAUCCUACUUUGUUACCAUUAAAACCAAUUUUACCACAACUGGGUUUACAGUUUCAAACCCCCCCCCCCCCCCCUUCAGUGGUUUUAUACACAGUUAAACAUUAAUAACAUAUUACCUCAAAAUGCUGAAUUACAUGGUACACAAAUAGGCCAAAAUUGCAUUUUGUAAUAGAUUCUCACUUAUAGAAUGUGCCAUAAAUGUUGGCCAGCGCAUACAGCUGGCUUCACAAGGAGGUGGGAGGGAGAGUUUCACCACAAACUAUGUGGCGUUCCUAUAGACCAUGACAUCUUUCUGCACACUGCAAGCCUGACCAAACCCCUGCUUGGCAGGUCCUCACAAGGCAGCAGUAGCUAGGUAGGUAAACUAUCUUUCAGGCGGAGAAGCAGUGUAGCCAUACAGACUAUACAUUAACAUAUUGAGAAGCGAGAACAUGUUUAUACUUUACAAACUACUCAGUGAAAUUGCGCUGUUGCACUGCAUUGCCAGUCGCCACUUCUCAGAAUAUUUUUUUGCAGAAUAAGAAGCAUGUUGAAGGUUGGGAUAUAAUGUAGGCUAACAGUGACCCAUAAUCAACACUGUUAAUAUUUGUUGAACUAUUCAGGUUUUUAAUCAGAAUAUAGAAAACUAAAGCAGAAUAAUUAAAUAUAGCAGUUUUUGCCUAAGUCAUGAGCAUACAUUUAUCCAGACAGAUCAAUAAUGCUGUGUACUCUGUUUUGCAAAAAUCUGGCUUCUGGGAGCCCUAGUAGAUCAAGCUGUCAAAACAACUGUCCAAAAGUUGGCAAAAACAGUUAACCAUGAACACUCAUGUUUGAUAUGAAACCUAUUUCAAUGAAUGAAUUAAUGAAUGUGUCAUUUAUGUGCCAUACUUUCUGAAAAAAGGAAAGGGGAAAUUGAAUUUGCUAAAUAAAAAAAGUACCUUCAGACAUGUUAUACCAAUAUAUUUAAAUUUCAUUCAAGAUAACAAAUUAAAAGGUUCACUGUUCACAAGACACAAAACCUAAACCCAUUUUUACUGGUGCCAAUAAAAUUUGCAAAUAUAGUUGUCUUGUUUUCCUAUAUUUACAAAAUUAAUGUUAAAAUUAUAUUUCAACAAUCAAAAACAACACUGUUACAACAAAUUAAUGCUGUAUAAUAGUGUAAAUAUGUACCAAGGUAAUUUUUCCAGUUGUUAGGGUUUCACCCACUCACUUUUGUGGUGCUGUAGUGCCAUAACUGUCACAGGGUAUACUGAACGCUCCAAAGUCAGGGUAUGACCUACUUGGGCCAGAUUAUUUUCAAAUGCAGAAUAUAUUUCAUGCAAAGGUAACCUGAACAGGCUAUUUAUAUGUAUUACUAGUUUACCUGAGUCAAACAACAUAAUUUACUCUACUAAUUAGUUUAUUACAUCCGCCAGAUCAUUUCAAAGUGCAAUUUUUUACAAAUAUAUUGGACAAGUGAAAUUUAUACAUUAAAUAUCAUGAUGAGCAAAAAAUCAACCAAUAUAUGAAGAAAUGUUUACACUCUUCAGCGGCGAGAAGAAGAAAAGUUUUUAUUUUAUUUAUUUAUUUUUUAAAAUGUCUAAGUCCACUACAAAAAUAUACAAUUAUAUUGUACAUGUAGUAUAGGACUCGUCAAGAAUAUUAAACAUCAUGAAUACACAUUUAAGUACAAUCAUAUACACAUAAACAAAAAUAAUAGUAAAAA